GAAAUGCAGAUCGACAAAAAAACAAAAAAAACAAAAAAAAAACAUAAAUAUUGGGGAGUUUAUGUCGUUCCUUUGUGGCCUUUAUUUUGUACAGUUUAUCCUUGAGUCUAGCUCCGUGCAAAGUAAAUGUACACUUUUUACUGAAGAUUACGUUCCACGAUUUGACGUUGAAGCCGACCAAUGCUGGGCGAGGAAGCGGGAAAUUUCAGUUCGGAUAGUAUUUGAAGUCUGUUACGAUGCGAACCAAACGAAAAGGAAGAACAAAUGUUACAGAACGUCAAAGAAAAGGUCAAGCGCAGCCCACGGAGGUGAUAGUUUUAGACUCGAGCCCCUCUGAAAUGUCAGCUGCUAAAGACGAGGACUGCUCAAAUGCUACUGUAGGAUUUUCUAAAAGAGAUGCUAAACAUUUGCAGGCGAAGGGCUUAUGCGCAAAGGGCAAUAAAGUUGCGCCAAUUUUCUUACGCGCAAUACAGCACAGCAAGAGUAAAGGGAGCAGUGGUGGAGAGCAGGUAAUAGAGAGGAGGACGCAGAGCAAGGAUGUGCAGGACGCCAUGACUCCCCCUGCGGAGUGUAAGCUGCCGGUGAACCGUGACUCCAUCCUGUCCCCCCGGAGAGGACAGCUGUCCCCGUCAUCUCUGCACAGCUCUCUGGAAGAAAUCCAAACUUUUAAUCCUGCAUUUCCAGUCAGGACUGUGUUCAAGAUUUUGGAGACGAAAGCAAGUGAAAGUGUGCUGGAGUCUUCCUCCACAGCAGAGCUCUCCUCAAAUCCAAGCUCCUUACAGAACAAGAAGAGGAAGCAAGGAAAUGAAAUCUCUGACAGGGUACCCAAGCGUAUGAGGACUAGUCCAAAUGCAGAAGGUGCUGGUCACCUGUCAGGACACGAUGUCCAGGAUGUGAUCGUCCUUCCUGUAAAGAAGCAUCCCAGGAGCACAAAGCUGAGUCGCAGUUACAGACUGGAGCGGCAAAGUGGAAACCCAGUAGACCUGCCGAACACCUGUAGUCCAAAAUCUGUGUGGACAAAUACAACUACUACUACCUCUACUACAUCAGAUGCUCCGUUACUACAAGACUCAGGGAAUCUCCAAAGAGUUUCCUGUUUUGAGGAUGUUCUCUGGACAGAUAAGUACAGACCCCAGCAUUCAAGUGAAGUCAUUGGUAAUUCUGACUCAGUGAAUAAACUGCACAGCUGGUUGAAGACGUGGAAACUGAGGGCCAACUGUGACGAGAGGAGAAAAAUGGAGGAAGUGGAACGAGAAGAAAACACUAAUGACUCGUGGGACUGGGGAGACUUCCGAGGUGAGUCUGGGUCAGAGGAUGAGGAUGAGCAGCUGCACAACACAAUGCUGAUCACAGGACCGCCAGGUGUAGGGAAAACCGCCUCAGUGUAUGCCUGUGCUCAGGAGCUCGGCUUCAAGGUGUUUGAGGUGAACUGCUCCUCGCAGCGCAGUGGCCGUCAUGUUCAGUCCCAGCUGAUGGAGGCUACACAGUCCCACCUAGUAGAGAUGACGGGGAAAGACCCGCUGAAACCAGCAUACUUCACCAACUACAUCACCAACAGCUGCACUUCUAAAUCUGAGCCUUUACCUGGGAAAACAGUGCUUCCUAAGACCGUCACAUCUACCUCAAAAAAGAGAGCAGCGAAAAACCUGUCCUGCUCUAGUCGCAAAAUAAAAGCUAAACCAGCUACACUCACUUUGGCACACUACUUUAAGAAGAAGGACAAAGCAGAUGACUUACAAUCUGCUGGCCCUUCACCAGCUCAGGAACCAAACGUCAGCUCAUCACCAGACUGCAAUCAAAUCGUGCCACAGGGAAAAAAAACUAUGACAUCCCUCAUCCUGUUUGAAGAGGUUGAUGUCAUAUUUGACGACGACGUUGGUUUCCUUGCGGCCAUCAGAGCUUUCAUGAGAACCACUAAAAGACCAAUUAUCCUGACUACAAAUGAUCCUUCGUUCAAAGACAGAUUUGGCCACAGCUUGGAGGAAAUCAUCUUUAAAACCCCAUGCUCAGGGAGUAUCUGUAGUUACCUGCAGCUGGUGUGUUUGGCUGAGCAAGUGAGAAUGGAUUUGGAUGACAUUGGCAGCCUCGUCAUACUCACCUGUGGUGACAUCAGACGGUGCCUGCUGCAGCUACAACUCUGGGUGUGCAGUGGUGGAAGACGGGCAUCUCACACCAGGAACCCACCUGAAGAAUCUAUAUGUGUCAAGAACUCAGAUGCCAGUGAAGGAGAUGAAGGUUCAGACUCACAGAUUCAAACUGGCUGCUCUGCCCACAUGCUGGGUCUCUACCCCGUGACCCCAAAUCAUCUGGUCACUCUUUUAAAGCGUCAACCCUGGUCUGAAACGGACAUGAACACACUUCUAACUCAGAGCUGGAGAAGAGGUGUUCCUCUCCUCUAUUCCAACCUGGAGCUUCUUCUCUCCUUAGAGAUCAACAAAACGUCAGUUCACAACCUGCAGAGUCAGCCCCCAACUUCUAAAAGUGAUCAUCCCGUCCAGCAACAGAAUCACAUCAUCAGUCCAAAUGUAUUGGUGCCCAACCACAAAUCUGCCAGGAAUGUCUUGAAGCUUAGCCGAAGGAAACGUACCACUUCAUCAACCUCCAGUUUGACCCCUAAACACCAAACAUCAUUAGAUGAGACUCAUUUAAGAGCUAUGACUACAAGUGACAAACCUGGGCAAUAUGCAGUUAAAAUGGAGUCUGCCUGUUUAGAUGCCCUGGCUGACUUCUUUGACCUCAUGUCAUACCAUGAUUCCACACUACCAGCUGCAGACCCAUGCACACCUGAAGCAUUUGUCUGGACAGGAGCGGAGUUUAAGGACAGUUUUAUGGAUGAGAUGAGCAAGGAGGAAGGCAGGAGUUGGGGCCAGGAGAGGCUGAUGGAUAUUCAGGCUGCUGUUGAAGGUUUGGGGUGUCACAAAUGCUGGAGGAGAGUGUCUGAGGCAUGGACUGAAGUACAAAAACUUGGAAAAGAGCCAAAGGACAAAUGGUGGGGGAGGCUGGCAUCAACUGCCUCCUCAAAAAGACAGAGCCUCAGCUUCAGCUAUCAACAUCUUUGCACACCAAGUGCAGCCCAACAGAGGUAUGAGCUGAGCAGGACGGUGCUCAGCAGCAAAUCCUUCAGCCUGCUGGGGAACAGACAGGCAGUCAGUGUCGACUACAUGCCGGUCCUCCGCUCCAUCUGCCGCUCCAAUACAGCACAGCAACAAAAGAGGAGGCCAGCAAGGCGUCUGAACUACCUGAGCAGCACAAACAUGGACCUCUCAAAGUCAACUAUACUACUCCUGGCAGAAGAUUUCACCGGAACCUGAACUCCUCACUACUACUCCUCACCAGUUUUAUUUUACAUAGUUCUAAGAGGCAAAAGAAUUUCAUUUUGAGAAAUCAGGUUUUAUUUACAUGUAAGUGCAACCAUAAAAGCUAAAUAAAAGAUCUACUUUCGUAAAUAAAGAAGGUAGUGUACACCGUCUGUUCAGGUACUGACAGGGGUUGCUGGGAAGAACCAUGUACAAAAUUCAUGAAGUCACAAAUCAACAGGAGUGAAAAUUCUCAGAACGUAAGCAGAUGGAAGUCUUAAUUAAACAAUCAUGGUUCUUGGCUGUAAUAAUAAAACACUGCUGCAGCCCACAUGCUCAGGAUCCUGAAAACUGUAUUGGCCUCGUUUGAAGAGUAUUUAAUUCUUUAAAUGUAACCCCACCCUAUUGUUCAUAAAAGUUCAAAAAGACUCA